CGAGAUGGGAAAUCCUAUAUAAUGUUUUAGCAUCCUUCAAGCUCCCUGUGCCGCAUACUCACAUUGGAGACACCCUCGGGGAAUAUAGCCGAUUAACAAGCAAACACAGGGUUCGCGAGAAAAAGGACUGGUAUACUAGUCGUCGUGUCGUAGUCCGGAAGCGCAACGGCCGCAUCCACCUUUCACGGCUUGGCUCGCGGAAACAAGCCGAGUACAUUCCGGUAGAAUUCGAGGAGGAUUCCCAAGAUAGUAGCUUCACGCUAAUCGACGAGACGCUAUCCUCGCGGUCAGCGAGCUUCAGCUCCAACUACUAACCCCUUUCCGCGCCCCUCCCCUGCGUAAUGACGCUGGAUGCUAUCACCAAGUCCCGACCCGCGCCGCAACAGUGGCUCAUGGGUGGGGAGGCUUUCGAGCGUCACAUGCUGCAUCAUAACGGAAUCCGUGCGCUGUGGGAGACUAAGUGGCGCGAGCCCUGUCGGCGAUCGGUGUACCCUUUUCACGAUGGCGCCUUCGAGGAUUUCGAGCCUGUAUUUCUGGAUCUGAUUGCUCGGAACGUCAACGAUGGAACUUCAGUAGAGUACACGCAAGCAUUCAUUCCUACGGCACGGGCUCUUGAGCGACGCGGUGAUGAGGACGCUGCUCAAGGAAGCGAGGAGGGGAAGAAAGAGGCGUCGCGACUAUACCUGCGCGCCGCAUGUAUCCUACGUAUCGCUCGAUUUCCGUAUAUCACAGGCUUCCCGCGCCCCAACGAUCCUGUCAAGUGGGAGGCUUGGGAGCUACAGAAAGCGAUAUACCGCAAAGCCGGAUCCCUGUGGUCACCAUCUCCUCUAUCCGAGGUUUUGAUCCCACAUACGUUUGCUAAGGGGCGUGACCGUAGCACCAUCCCAGCAUAUGUCCGAGUACCGCCCUCUCUAUCCAACGGCAGCUCGAAGCACCCCGCAGUCAUCCUCUUCACGGGUCUUGAUGGCUACCGCCCUGACAAUACAGCGCGAUGCGACGAGUUCCUCUCGCGCGGAUGGGCCGCUGUCGUGCUCGAGAUUCCAGGCACGGCCGAUUGCCCGGCAGACCCUACGGACCCGAACUCGCCCGACCGGCUACUUGAUAGCCUGUUCGCGUGGUUAGCCUCUGACGGGCGGUUUGACUUAGGGCGCGUGUUGUGCUGGGGGCUAAGCAGCGGAGGUUACUAUGCGGUGCGGGCGGCACACACGCACCGCGACAAACUCCUAGGAGUCGUCGCGCACGGUGCCGGCACGCACCAUUUCUUCGCUCGCGAAUGGCUUGCCAAGGCUGAUGGUCACGAGUACCCGUUCAAGCUUACCCCAGCGCUGGCCAUGAAAUACGGAUACGGAGACGAUGUCGAGGCAUAUCUUGAGGGCUCGCAGGGGAGGUUUUCGCUAUUGGAGACGGGGAUCCUGGGGAUGCCGAGUACGAGGUUACUUCUUGUUAACGGAACGCAUGACGGGCUCAUGCCAAUUGAGGAUUCGAUGCUAUUGUUCGAGUAUGGGUCGCCUAAGGAGGCGCGUUUUUUCACCGGUGCUUUGCAUAUGGGAUAUCCUAUGGCGAAUUCUUCGGUAUAUCCCUGGAUGGAACAAGUGAUGGCUUCUGCGAAGUGAUGUUAUAUUAUUUGUAUUUUGCGCUGUUGGAUGGUUCAUUUUGGAUGCGGGCGUUCUAGAGCUGUUCAAUAUUUAUGACUGCUAU